AUGCUGCUCCGACCCCGGCGGCCACCCCUGCCCGUGCCGCCCGCCUCGCUGGUGCAGGACAGCCCCGACGAACUCGAGGAGGCCGAGGAGGCCGAGGACUCCCCCGGGACCCCGCCCAGACGGCCCGCCUCGCCCGGCACGCCGGAGGCGCACGAGCUCCCCGGGUCGCCGGUGUCCCCGGGCUCGGCGCAGCGCACGCCCUGGAGCGCCACCGAGACGGAGCUGCUGCUGGGCACGCUGCUGCAGCCGCGGCACGCUCCGUCGAUGCCCGCGGCCCGCGACUCCGACGUGGACCCCUCCUGGUCGCUCAGAUUCAGCUCGUCCCCGUCCAAGCCUUCCGAGGCUCCCCGCGCCCCGGGCUCGCCGACGGCGCUCCCCUCCUUAACCCCCGCGCCGGGCCGCUCCGAGCACCACGCGCCCCCCCACGCCCCCAACUCCCCGCCACCCCUGGACCCCGCCUGGGAACAGCCCGACUCGCCGCCCAGCCGCCAGGAGACCCACGCGCCCCCGCAGGCCGCACCCCCGUCGCUGAACGCCGCCCUCAUGCAGACCCUCGGGCACCUGGGCGACAUCGUGGCCGUCCUGGGCCCCCUGCGCGACCAACUGCUGACCCUGAACCAGCACGUGGAGCAGCUGCGCGGCUCCUUCGACCAGACCGUGUCCCUGGCGGUGGGCUUCAUCCUAGGCAGCGCCGCCGCUGAGCGGGGUGUCCUGGGGGACCCGCGCCCCUGA